AUGCCAGAAACGCCGCCUUCCCUUCUGCUGCUCCCAGCACCCCCGUCCCCAGCAACCUUCAGCGCCCUCCAAACAGCCUACCAGCCGCCGCUAACCUCGGUGCUCGGCAAGCUCCAUGCACAGUCCCUCGAGACAUCGUCCACCGCCAACCUCACCAUUGCGGUCGCAUAUUCAGCUCUUGCCGGCAACAAGUACGCCCGCAAGAGGCAUGUUAGAUGGCAAAGCGCACAAUCACUCCUCGCUGGCCUCUACUCUCUCGUAUCAGCCAUCUGCGCCGAAAAGGGCAUCCUGUCAUAUACAGACGCGGGCGCCGGCGGCGUCGAUGUCCGCAUUGUCAUAGUAGACCACGAAAAGGGAACCAAAUAUGAAAAGGGCUUUGACGGCAAAUACCCAACCAAUUCGACCUGCGUCCAGUCGCUAGCUACCUACGCUAGCACUGUGUACCCAUGGGGCAACAUAUACCACCCAAGCUGCGAGGCGAGCUACGCCUUGCUAUCCCACUUCUUGGCUAUUGCUGAGACAAGGCAGACCAUUAAGCAGAGCCAGAUUAUUGCCGUAGAGGGCGGUCUUCAUCUUUCGACAGAGACAGCGUCGGCGUCUGAUGACAUCAGUAGCCUACCAGGCGACUAUGGCGUCGUCUGCUUAGGCGGCACCUUUGACCAUCUUCACCCAGGACAUAAGCUUCUGUUGCACGCUGUUGCACUACUACUUCAGAUUCCAGAAGCAGGAAAGAGCCCCGAACCUAGCGUUAUUGUCAUUGGUAUCUCGGUGGACGACCUGCUCAAGAAGAAAAAGUACGCUGAGCAGUUAGAAUCUUGGGACGUCCGCGCACUCAACGUCCUUCGAUUUUUGGCUACUGUUUUGGGGUCCUCACCAACUACUGCUACAAUAACCACCACUAAAAAGGAUAUUUCAUCUGCAGAGCUUCAUGCCUCGUUCCGGGACGGCACUGUUCUGGUCCGUUGCGUAGAGCUGCAAGAUCCCUUUGGGCCUACAACUGAAGAAGAAUCCAUUGAGGCGAUUGUAGUGUCUGGUGAGACAAGAAGUGGCGGCAGCGCUAUCAAUGAUAGACGUACGGCAAAGGACUGGGCAUCUUUGGCAGUUUACGAAAUUGAUGUGCUGGACGCUAGUGGUACAGUUGACGGCGAUACACGCGCAACAGACAACUUUGCGUCAAAAUUGAGCAGCACGGCAAUUAGACAGCGAAUCUUCGAAUCAAAUCAAAAUAAGUAA